AUGAUCCCACCGCGGACGUUCCUGUUCAUCAAUCAUGGCCUGCAAUCGGAUGAUGAACGUCCACAAUUUCGGGACCUUAUGGUCCACAUAUCCAACUCUCACAAGAAGUGGCUCAAGAAACAGCGCGAUAACAAGCUGAAGCAGAAGCCGCUGGCGGCGAGACUAGAAUGGCGCAUAACAAGUCGUCCACGGUCUGAGGUUGUUUUCCGACUUGAUGGCGUUGAAAAGAAGGCGGUGGGCCGCAGAUCUGAUGGUACCAGGCUCAGGGCAGUCACCGAUAACGAGGUCGGCGAUGAGACAGGAUCAACAGACUCGUCGAGUGAUGGUUGCAUUCAUCGACGGACAGGCGGAAAGGCGUCAAUCACAAGUCCCCGGGGUUCUCCAGCUCGCUCCUUCCACACAUCGCCGCGCACGUUCAAAGGAAACUCCGACCCGUUUGCGGCAGCUGCGAUCGACCUCUGCCCUCUAUCUACAGCCGCCAUCGCAUCAUCCGGCAUGUUCAUCGUCUUCCAGUCUCGACCGUCAGAAUUGCACAGCCUGUUAAGGACGCAUAUCUCCGACUACGCUAAUUCAGGCAUCGACUUUGCAGCAAGUGUCUCCUCCAGUGCCGAGCUACACGCGCUGAUAGCUGCUGGCUUCUACAUUCAGUCCAGGGCUUCUCACGAUGGGAAGCACUUCAGAGCCCGAAGCAUAGGACAUACCUGCAAAGCUAUCAAUCUCUUACGCGAGCAGCUACAUCAGAGUGCCUCUCUAGCAGAACACACGAAACUGAUCAACUUGAUCAUGUCCCUGGAUUGUGCGACUGGGAACCUCGCAUCAGCGGACAAGCAUCUGAGGAGCCUAAUCGGCCUCUACCAGAAAGGUAUCCACAUUGGCGACGCGCUCCACAGUACAUUGCAAGCAUGCGACGGAUGGCUCUCAAGCUCGCUGCGGAGAGUCCCUCUCUUCGACCAGGUCCUGCACGAUCCUGGUCCUCUUUCUGCGCAAUGGUGGUCAAUGGAUCCACUAAUAGCACGAGUUGUUGAUUGCAGCCUUCCCGUUGCGAACGCCGACGUCCUCUACGAGUUCAAUCCUACCAUAUACGGACGGAAGAUCGAUUUUCGACAUGUCCAGAUCAUCAACAGCAUAUUAGUUUCGCAGCAACCUUUUCUAGGCAGAGAAGAGGCUGUGAAUUGGAUCGUGCAACGAACUCCGAUCGUGGUUCACUUCAACGAUUCGUUGUCGCGAAGCUUUGUCAAGCUCGCAUCAUUGCGGGAAGCAGAACACCGCCCAUAUGAUGCCGCCCGCUCGUACCUGGAAGCCGCUGUGUCCCUGGCUCUUCUUCUUGGAUCUUCUCUCGUUUACAUAUAUCACACGAGCGCCUUGGACUAUGGGGCUCAUCUUACCUACAUGGAUUCCUUGUUGGACAAAGCUUCACAGCCACGGCAGUCUGACAACAUCUCAACUCGACUUGUUUACCUGUGGGAAAAUUUUGUUCACGCGAUCAUGAUGGACAUCUGUGCCGGGAAGCAGUCGUGUGCGUAUUCCGCGCGGUCGCUCUUACGAGUACAGCAGAUCUUCAUGGACAUGAAUGUAACGGAACUGGAUGCGAAGAGGGCGAUAUUGCGGAGGAGCGACUCCGUGUUCAAUUACAUCCCGGACAUCGCAGAGGAGUUUGUGGCAACGCUGCACAGCGAGGAGCCAAGAGACAGGAACAUGCCACUGCUGAGUGAGCGGAGGUGGGAAGAGGUGUUCAGGAACUACACUGGGCGGAGGGCGGCGGAGAAGGAUGCGCAAUUGAUUGCAAUUUGCAGGCGAGCUCUUAAGUGGGGAUAA